CUAUUUUCUUUGUACCACGAACAGGGCAGCUGUGAGGGAAAGUAAGAAACUUUUAAGAUUUCUGUGACAGCUUAACACCUACAGUCUGCGCAAAAAAUAUGCCUAAAAAUAAAGGUAAAGGAGGAAAGAAUCGGCGGCGUGGUAAGAAUGAGAACGAGUCAGAAAAGAGGGAGCUGGUGUUCAAGGAGGAUGGACAGGAAUAUGCACAGGUGAUUAAGAUGCUGGGAAACGGAAGGUUGGAAGCUAUGUGCUUUGAUGGAGUGAAACGGCUAUGUCACAUUCGUGGAAAGCUCCGGAAAAAGGUGUGGAUAAACACGUCAGACAUUAUACUUGUGGGACUGAGAGAUUAUCAGGACAACAAAGCAGACGUUAUUUUGAAGUACAACGCUGACGAGGCUCGGAGUCUGAAAGCCUACGGAGAGCUCCCGGAGCACGCCAAAAUUAACGAGACGGACACCUUCGGACCCGGCGACGAUGAUGAGAUUCAGUUCGACGACAUUGGGGAUGAUGAUGAGGAUAUUGAUGAUAUCUAAAUUGGACACUCACUGAAAAAUAAAGGUGAAGCUUUCUCAUCUUGGUGAGACAGAACUCCCUCGUCCCCACUAGAGUCACUUCCCUGUCCACAAAUACAAAGUGACUCAAAUUUAGGACUCUGUCUCUAAUUAUAUGACUGCAUCAUCAUUUUCACUAUAUUUUGUUAUCUUUUAAUGUAUUUAUAAUAAUUUCACCUGCAGUGGAAUUUAGUUAAAAGUACAGAAUCUCUGGAUUCGCAAUAAAAGAUAAACAAUUUUAUGUUUGGUCUUGCAGUCUGCCUCAUUGUAAGAAUUUUUCCAACUACUUUAAAGAUCGUUAGAUAUAAAAAGACAGAGAAAUGUUUAUUGAGAUGAAGCUGAUGGCUCUAGCUUAUGUCUUUUGAAUGUUUUUUUGAACUCUAUCAAAUACUUAUCACUUAGCAAUGCAUUUGGUGAUGCAUUGAUUGUAUAAAUAAACACUCAGUUAAUGCAAGCUUGUCUCAGGCAACUAUCCCCUUCAAUCUGUAUUUUUCUAUUUUCCCUUGUUUUAUGUUUGUCUCUUUGUAUGACUGGUAAAUAAUGAACCGUUAUCAUUGUAUAACUCAGCUGUAUUCAUGAAAGUAAGCAAAAACCCAAAUGUUUUUAUCCCUACAAAAAUUUCCACCAACAAGUAUUGUAACUGCUUGUUUUCUACAUGAGGGAUUAUAAAUAAAAUGCUCAACAUAAACUAGAAAUGAACAGGAAAUUUGAUAGAAUUUGUUAAAAAUGAACAUCAUUGUUUUUACAUGCUGUACGAAUGUGCUGUCACAAUAUUAAGGGAAAAGAUGGUGUUGCCGCCAAGUGUUUCAGUAACUUGUGUAAUUGAAAACGACCUUCAAAAGAACUGAAUGCAAUUAAAAUGAUUGCUGUAUAUUCUGUGGUUGGCUUAAAAUGCCAAAUACACACUUUAAAGCUGUGUGAGUCUGCAAUAAAAUUCUAAAUUAGUCAGUACACUAAACAGCAAUAUGCAUUACGUCCUGGGUUUUGUGAGUUCCUGUGCAGUGUAUAGAUCCCCUGUUCUUCAGUGCAACCUUCACAACCUCAUAUGAUAACCUGCGAUUUCUUCCAUUUUAACACUGUAAGGCUCCAUUCAUACAUUUUUUUUGUUUAAUUUUCCAUGCAAACAAACUUGCUCAUGAGAAUAUGUAGUACUGAUUGCUUUAAGGUUGGUGUUUUAGGACAAGGGUAAAGAU